AUGACAGAAUCUAAGCUUUCAUUUAAAGAACAGAUGAAAGGGUUUCCGGCCUGGCAAAUGAUAGUUGUCAGCUUGAUUAGAUUUCUGGAGCCGAUAGCAUUUACAUCACUUUUUCCAUAUGUCUACUUUAUGAUCCGAGAUUUUCAUUUCGUGAAAGAUGAAGCAAAUAUUUCAAAGUAUUCUGGAUACCUUUCAGCUUCUUUUGCAUUUACCCAGUUCUUAUGCUGUAUACAAUGGGGUAAAGCGUCCGACAAAGUUGGCCGAAAACCAAUUUUAAUUGUAGGAUUAUUUGGAACGUCACUUUGCAUGCUUACAUUUGGAUUCUCUACUAAUUUCUACAUGGCAUUAUUUGCCAGAUCUGCUAUGGGUGCAUUGAAUGGAAACAUUGCAGUACUUAGAACAAUGAUCGGAGAAAUAGCUACAGAAAGGAAACAUCAGGGUACUGCAUUUUCAAUCUUACCGUUAUUUUGGAAUGUGGGAAGCGUUAUUGGCCCUUUGAUAGGGGGAUCUAAGUAUUUAACUAGGCCUCAAAUCACGGACUCGGUUAUGAAAGUGAAUGAAGGUAUCUAUGAUAGGUUGUUGAACAAAUACCCCUACGCAUUGUCGAAUGUAGUAGUGGCACUAUUCUUAUGGUUCAGCAUGUUAAUGGGGUUCUUGUUCUUGGAAGAAACUCAUUCCCAACUAAAUAAAAGAAAAGAUAUUGGCCUUGAAAUUGGUGAUUGGAUAAGAAAAAGACUAGGCUUCGACGUUCCUAUUCGUAAGUGGAAUAUUCCCUCGAAGACAAAGCCCAAGAGAUCACGAGUUCCGGAACCAAACAGGGACUCGGUAGACGAACGAGAGGAUGUGAUUCAAAACAGCAGUAACUCGAACGGGAAUAUACAUGAAGAUCAACAGGAAGAAGAUUUGGAUUCCUUUGAUGAAAACACUUCGCUCAUUCAACCACGCCCAAUUUAUUCUUCACUCGUUGAUGAAGAUGACGAGACAAGCUCAAUUUGCUCAGAAGAUAAUUUAGGUCCGUUAACCAGAAGAUCAUCGAAUGCUCUUUUAAGAAGAUAUUCGUCCAAUAUGUCUGUCAGGCCUUCUUUAUCAAGAAUUAGUACUAAUAGAUAUUCUAUCAGUGACGUUUCUACUAUAAAUAAAAAUACAUUCACCAGGGAAGUGUUCACUGGUCCCGUUAUCCAGACGAUGUUGGGAAAUUUUCUUCUAUCGUUUCAUACUUUAGUAUAUCUGGAGUUUUUGCCAGUGUUGUUGGCAUCUAAAUUUAUGCCAGAGGAGUUGAAAUUUCCAACAAGAUUGAAAGGUGGGUUCGGCUACGAUUCAAACACAAUUGGUACCUUAUUAUCUGUCACUGGUCUUUUAGGUGUUUUCAUUAUUAUGCUUGUGUUUCCCUUAAUGGACAGAAACUUGAGGACUAUCACUGGUUACAGGAUAUCGACUAGUAUAUUCCCACUCAUGUACUUCAUGUUGCCAUUUUUGAUCUACACUAUACCGGGUUACAAUCCAAAAUCACCACAGCACUUGACAAAAACCCUUUUAUACCUCAACUCUGGGAUCCGUACUUUAGCAUCUUCCACAUCCACUCCACAAGUGAUCGUGUUGAUCCAUAGAGCAUCUCCACCAAAAUAUAGAGCUUUUAUAAAUGGAACAACAUUGAGUUUAACAGCACUUGCAAGGUGUCUUGCGCCGCUAAUCUGGGGUGCGUUGAUGUCAUUUUUCGACAGCUUGGCAUUGGGCCAAUUAACUUGGAUAACUUUAGCCGUAAUGUCUGUCGGGGCAUUGGUCCAAUCCUUCUACAUAGAUGAGUAUGAUGAAGAUAUCAAGCCCACCGAAAGAGACGAGUCUAACGACCAGACCGUAUAA